CUUUCAACAGAUCCGCGAACUGAAGCACAGCGAGACGAAGCUGAUCGCGUUCGGUCAGUAUCUGGAAAUCGCGAAGCAGAUGAAAGACUUCGAGGAGAACAAGUUCAACACGUGGCUUGAGAAAGCUUUGUCGACGGUGACCAAUUUCAUGAAGAAGAGCGUGGUGAGGAUUGGGCGCGCGGAUCGAAAUAAUUCGAAUGAUUACCGGAUCUUCUCGGAGGAGCAGCAGAGCGGUAAAAACGUUCAGCUGAUUCAUCUGGCGUCGAAGACGAGGAUCAAUAAUGUGGAUUCUAUCUUAUCGACUCAAGAAUCUCUGAAACGUAAUAACAUAACAUCGAAACCCAGCGUGGAAACAGCACAUUCCGUGUCUUCUAGAAACGUCAUUGCGCAAUCAUGUCCGGAUGCAAGGACCGACACCAAAGGAUCUUCACUCAAAAACGGCAAAACCUCCAUUCUUUCUUCCGACAAGCACGUAACCCGCUCGAAGGCCGCCUGUACGGAAUUUACGAGCGACGCCAUUCUGAUGGAAUGUCAACUGCGUUUUGAAUUGAAUUUCGACUGGGAGAUCUUCGAGGUUAUCAGAGAGGCGGAACUUAUGGAGCAAUUGGGUUUCGAGCUGCCGUUCGCUCUCCGAGACAUCGGCGUUCAGAAGAACAGAUUGAGAACGGACAUCGACGUCACCGAGGGAAUGAUCAAUCAGUACAAUCACAUUCUGGACACGUUGGACGAGGCGAAUGUGGAAUUGCUGAAGAAACUUCUACAGGACGUCGAGAAACACAUUCAGCCCGGAGUUACGCGAUUCACUUGGAAUUCUCUGAGUAUCUCGGAUUACGCGGCAUCUUGCCACGCGGUGCUGAAGAAUCUAAACUCCAUCGUCGAUCAGGUCAAUCAAAUGGAAAUCGAUCUUGACAAUCAAAUAAAGUCCGAAUUAGAAUUGUACAAUCUGUUUUCCACGAAGAAAGAGAUCGCGGAGUCGGAAGUUCUCUUGCCGUGCAAGACUUAUUUUCUAGAAGUGAAAAGUCGAAGAUCCGAACUAAUACUGUCGAUGUCGAAGACUUACCAAUCGAUCGGUCCACUGCUCGUGAAACUGGAGGGUUUGGUAUUCGGAACUUCAACGGGAAAAAAUCCGAAUAUGCAACUUCUCUAUAAGAAAUACGAGAAGAAAAUUUUUGAAGCCUUUAUAAUGUGCAUGGUGAGAAACAUGAAAUUUAUGAACAAAUUGUUGAACGACACCAAACCGAUCUUUCAAGCGGACGCGGUUCUGGUGGCGUCCGAAGUGGUGCUGCGUCCCUCGCCGAACGAAAUGUACAGCAUCAUUUGUCAGGACGUGCGAGAUCUGUUGGAAAGGCUGAAAGGAUUCUUCAGAUGGAUGAAUGGGACUUGCUUGGAGUGUCAGCCGGAAAAAAACUCUUCGCAGGAAAUCGUCACGUUUAGCUUCUUCGAGGACGUGAUGAGUAUUCGAAUAAUUAACGAUCUCGUAAAAACGAUUCAAGAAACGGCGCAGCGAAUCUCGAUUGAAUGCUCGCGUUACGCGCAAAAGUGGAAGAAAUACAGCAAUUUGUGGUCGCACGACAAAAAUCUGAUUUGCGAGAAAUUCGCAGCGACGAAACCUUUGGUUUAUCAAUACGACGAGAAGUUAGGAUUUUACGAGAACAUCCGGGAGGAAGUCGAAGAUAUGACGCCUUAUUUCGACAUAAGUAGCGUACGGCUCAACCUGACCCCACUUUUAUCAGGCAUCAAGACUCAAGUGCGGGAAUGGAAACAGGUGUUCGGAAAUUAUCUUCUGGCUGACACCGUACAAUCUAUGAAGCAAAUGAAAACUCAAAUCGAGACUUUUCGCAGCGCGAUCGAGUUGGUGGUCACCGGAUUGGAUCGUUUCACGUCGAUCAUAGAAGCGAUCGCGGACGUGAGAAAGAUGGCGAGCCAAGCUGAAGUCGACUACGUGACCUAUCAGGAAUGUUUUCGAACUCUGCGCACUUACGAAAUCGAAUUUCCGUUGGAGGACGAGGCGAUGGCGCGCCAAUUGCAAUACGAUUGGGAGUCGUUGUACCUCGGUUCGCUUUAUCGAUCCUCGACUCUGGAAAGCACAUUCGACAGAUUUAGCGAACUGACCGAAGACGAGAUUCGAAAUUUCCUAGCCGAGAUCGACAGUUUCGCCGAGGAUUUCGAGGCGCACGGUCCCGGAAGCAUCGGAACCGAUUUGGAUCUCGGACUGAAGAAAAUGAAAGAAUACGGCAAACUGAUCAACACGUACGACGAGAAACGCUUGAGGCUGAUGAAGUCGGAAAUUCUGUUCAAUCUGGCGCCUGCGGAUUUUUCGGUCUUUCUGAGGAUCAAGACGGAGUACGAGAACAUGGAGAAGUUGUACGAUCUUUACAAGCAGCAGAAAAAAGCGCGGGACGAUUGGGCGAAGACUCUGUGGAUGAAUUUGAAUCCUCAACAGCUCAUCGACGGUAUGGAGCAAUUUAUGAAGGAAUUCAGACGAUUGCCCAAACACAUCAAGACUAUGAACGUGGGCCAUGCGUUGGACGCCGAUAUGAGAAACUUCAAGAAUUCAGUGCCACUAUUCGUUCAACUGAAGCACGAGGCUAUGCGUGACAGACACUGGGAACAGUUGAUGAAAAGAACCGGACAACAUUUCGAUAUGGAUCCGGACAGAUUUACAUUGGAAAAUAUGUUCGCUAUGGAGCUAGGAAAAUACGAAGAUAUCGCGCGGGAUAUCGUCACGACCGCCGUGAAAGAGCUUGCGAUAGAAAAAGGCAUAAAGGAAUUGGCGGAAGUGUGGAAAUCGAUGAAUUUCAUCGUGGUGAAACAUUACAAAGGUUCGGAAGACCGCGGCUACAUGCUCGGACCUCUCGACGAUUUAAACGCGACGCUCGAAGACAACAUGCUGACCGUGCACAGCAUGGCCGCUUCGCAAUUUGUCGGACCGUUCCUCAGCGUUGUUCAGAAGUGGGAGCACACGAUGCGCACUAUCUCCGAGGUUCUGGAGGUGUGGGUAGAUCUUCAGCGAAAGUGGCUGUAUCUCGAGGGCAUCUUUGUGGGCGGCGACAUUCGCCUUCAGUUGCAAGACGAGACGAAGAGAUUCGACAAUGUCGACCAAAUGUACAGGAGAAUCAUGAUCGACACGUCGAAGAGACUCAACGUUCUCGAAUGUUGCACGAUUCGGGGUCGAAAGGAGGAAUUUGAAAGUAUGAUAGCGGCACUUGAGAAAUGCCAGAAGUCGCUCGCGGAAUAUUUGCGACACAAACGUCUUGUAUUUCCGAGAUUUAACUUCAUUAGCGACGACGAGCUGUUGAGCAUUCUUGGAAGUAGCACUCCUGCCGUUAUUCAGGAACACGUAGGAAAGAUGUUCGACAAUCUCGACAAGUUUAAACUUGUACCGUGUAAUAACAAGGAUAUCCUGUUGGCGACCGCUCUCUUUUCUUGCGAAAGAGAAGUUAUGGAAUUCAGAAAUCCGGUAGCCACCGAGGACAACGUCGAGAUCUGGAUGGGUCUCGCUCUCGAGGAAAUGAAAAAAUCGAAUCGAUAUCUGACGAAAAAAGCUGUCUACGAUUACGGCAAGGUGCGACGACCGAGAACGCGGUGGCUUCUCGAGUUUCAAGGAAUGAUGAUUAUCACGGCCAAUCAAAUAUGGUGGACCGCGGAAGUCGAGAAUGUUUUCGACAAAAUAUCUCGAGGGAAUAAACGCGCAAUGAAAGAGUAUUUACAACAAUUGAACACUCAAUUGGACGAAGUAGUGACGCUAAUGGGCGGUCCUGCGCUUACAAGCAAUGACAGAAAGAAAAUCGACAUGAUUUUAACUAUCGACGUACACAUUCGAGACAUCAUCGAGGCUUUCGUCAGGGACAGCAUUGAGGAUCCCACGGAAUUUGAAUGGGAAAGUCAAUUAAGAUUUUACUGGGUUCACGAUGUGGACAAUAUAUGGGUAAGCCAGUGCACGGGCGCUUUCGAAUACGGUUACGAAUACAUGGGUCUUAAUGGCAGAUUGGUCAUUACGCCUCUGACGGACAGAAUAUAUCUCACUAUCACGCAAGCUCUCUCGAUGCACUUAGGCGGUGCACCGGCGGGUCCUGCCGGAACCGGAAAGACCGAGACGGUCAAAGAUCUGGCGAAAGCCUUGGGACUAUUGUGCAUCGUAACAAAUUGCGGCGAAGGAAUGGACUAUAUCGCGAUCGGAAAGACUCUGGGUGGUCUCGCUCAAUGCGGAGCAUGGGGCUGCUUCGACGAAUUCAAUCGCAUCGACGUUUCCGUUCUUUCUGUUAUCUCGACCCAGCUGCAAACCAUACGCUCGGCGCUUCAAGUUAAAGCUCAACGAUUCACGUUUGAGGAGCAAGACAUCAGGCUGGAUUCGAAGGUGGGGAUCUUUAUCACGAUGAAUCCGGGAUACGCCGGUCGCACGGAACUGCCGGAAUCGGUAAAGGCCCUGUUCAGGCCGGUGGUCUGCGUAGUGCCCGACAACGAGUUAAUCUGUCAGAUCAAGCUCUUCAGCGCCGGUUUCCUCACGGCGAAGGUACUCGCUAAGAAAAUGACGGUUCUUUACAAGCUGGCGAACGACCAGCUGAGCAAACAAACGCACUACGACUUCGGCCUGAGAGCUCUCAAGUCCGUGCUCAACAUGGCCGGUCAGUUGAAGAGAACUUCAAACGACUUGCCCGAAAACGUCGUGCUGAUGAGAGCACUCAGAGACAUGAAUUUACCUAAGUUCAUAUACGACGACGUGCCGCUCUUUCUGGGUCUGAUCAGAGAUCUAUUUCCCGACUUGGAUUGUCCCCGAAUUCGCUAUCCGCAAUUGAACGAAGCGAUCGAGACGGUAUUGGAACAAAACGGAUAUAUCGUCCUGCCCGAACAAGUCGAUAAAGUCGUGCAGUUACACGAGGUAAUGAUGACCAGGCACUCUACGAUGGUCAUCGGUCCCACCGGCGGUGGCAAGACGACGGUCAUCGAAACGCUGUGCAAAGCGCAGACGCACCUUGGUAAAUCCACGAAACUGCACAUUCUCAAUCCCAAAGCUUACACCGUCAUCGAAUUGUACGGAACGUUGGAGCCGACGACGCGCGAUUGGACGGACGGUCUUCUGAGCAGCAUUUUUCGCGAAAUUAACCGACCUUUGGAAUCCGACAAGGAGGAGUACAGAUACAUGCUCUUCGACGGCGACGUCGAUCCGCUGUGGAUCGAAAAUAUGAACUCGGUUAUGGAUGACAACAAGUUGCUAACUCUGGCUAAUCAGGAAAGAAUCAAACUGCAGAAUCAUUGCGGUCUGCUCUUCGAGAUAGGCGACUUGCAGUACGCCUCACCUGCGACAAUCUCGAGAGCAGGUAUGGUUUACGUGGACCCGAAGAACCUGGGCUACCAGCCUUACAUGGAUAAGUGGAUACAAGUCAAGAGCAAAGCCGAUCACGAGUUUCUUCGCGGAAUGUGUCAGAAAUACGUACAUGGCUCGCUUAGACUUAUUAUCGAAGGAACGUUCGGUCUCCAAGCAAUGGAACCGCUUCGGAUGAUUAUACCGCAAACUAGUCUCAACAUGGUAACUCAAUUUUGCUACGUGUUUGACGGUCUGUUGUCAAUGCUAGAGUCGACAAGUAGAAAAUUUGCGGAAGAGGAGAAGGAGGAGGAUAUGUCACAGAAAUCGAAAGACGAACUGUGGGAAGCGAUGUAUAUUCAAGCGUGCUAUUGGUCAUUUGGCGCGUCCAUUGUGAACGAGGCGCGAUCUACAUUUGACAGAUACAUAAAGAAAACGUGCGGACUUAUGGAGGUGCAAGACAAACCCAACAAAUUGGCAGUCACGAAAUACGUACCGACGUCGCUUCCAACUUUAUACGAUUACGUGCUGGAUGUCAAGAAACAAGUUUGGAUCGCGUGGAAAUGGUUGGUGCCGGCAUAUGUGCACGACAGACAGAAAAUUUUCUCGGACGUUCUCGUACAGACAGUCGACACAUUGCGCACCACGUGGUUCGUGAAUCUCAUGAGCGAAUUGCAAAAACCGGUAUUAUUAGUCGGAGAAGUUGGCACUUCGAAGACAGCUAUUGUUCACGAAUUUCUAAGAAACUUGAGUUCGGACAAAUAUGAGCAGCUUUUAAUGAAUUUUUCGUCGAGAACUACGUCGAGUGAUGUGCAGAGAAACAUCGAAUCGGUGGUGGAGAAAAGAACGAGAGAAAUAUUUGGACCUCCGCCCGGAAAAAAAUUGAUAGUUUUCAUCGAUGACAUGAAUAUGCCAAUAACCGAUACUUACGGAACUCAACAGCCCAUCGCGUUGCUUAAGUUGUUGUUCGAAAGAGCCGGUUUUUACGAUCGCGGUCGCGAUUUAAGCUGGAAAUACAUGAGAGACAUUUAUUAUUUAGCAGCCAUGGGAAAACCCGGCGGCGGCAGGAACGAAGUUGAUCCGCGAUUUAUCUCAAUGUUCUCGGUUUAUAACGUAACUUUCCCUUCGAGCGAGACUCUCAGCUAUAUUUACACGAGCAUUCUGUCCGGUCAUUUGCAAACGUUCUCCGAGGGCGUUCGAAAUAUCGCGGGAGGUCUUGUUCGAUUAACUUUGGAACUUUACGAGACAGUUAGGAAGGAAUUGCUGCCUACGCCGUCCAAGUUUCACUACAUCUUCAACAUGCGCGAUCUCUCGAGGAUCACGGCCGGAUUACUUCAGAGCCAUCCCGACUUCUUUUCAGACGUAAAGCAGUUCGUCAGGCUUUGGAGAAACGAGGUCACUAGAAUCAUGUCCGACCGUCUCGUCAACGAGCAAGACGAAAAUUUGGUGAUAGAGUUACUGAAGAAAAAGAUCACACACUACUGGAAGGAAGAUCCCGAAAUAACUCAAUACAGUUUAAGAGAUCCGCUACUGUACGGUGACUUUAGAAACGCCUUGAGCGAAGACGAGCCCAGAUUCUACGAGGAUCUGCUAGAUUACGAAGCGGUUUACAGCUUGUUUCUCGAGAUCUUCGAAGAAUACAAUGAAAGAUCCACGACCAAGUUGCACAUGGUUCUCUUCAACGACGCGCUCGAGCAUCUGACCAGAGUGCAUCGUGCGUUACGAAUGCAUCGCGGAAACGUGCUGGUUGUUGGCACGGGUGGCAGUGGCAAGAACUCCGUGAUAAAGUUGGCGUCGUUUGCCGCCGGUUAUCAGCUGUUCCAGAUCGUCCCGAGCCGCGGUUACAACGAGGCGUCAUUUCGCGAAGACAUGAAGAGCCUGUACAACUUGGUCGGCGUCGAGAACAAAGAGGUCGUAUUUAUGUUCACGUGCGGUCACAUUAAAAACGAAGCUUUCCUCGAGUUGGUGAACAACAUGUUAACGGCGGGCUUCGUGCCGGCUCUCUUCACGGACGAGGAGAAAGACGAGAUCAUCACCUCCUGCAGAGACGAGGCGGUUAGAGCGGGUUUCGAUAUGGCAAAAAAAAGUGUUUGGUCAUACUUCGCGAAACAGUGCACCGCGAAUUUGCGAAUAGCGUUGGCGAUGAGUCCGUCGGGUGACGCUCUGCGAACCCGAUGUCGCAAUUAUCCGGGCUUGAUUAACAACACCACCGUAGAUUGGAUGUUCCCGUGGCCGCAACAAGCUCUGGUGGCAGUAGCGAAUGUUCUCAUUCAAGACAACCCGAUUGUGCCGCAGGAAUACAGGAAAAAGAUCGUGAACCACAUGGUUUACGCGCACACAUUAGUGCUGCGGUACACGGUGGAUUUCGCGACAAGACUGAGAAGACGAAAUUAUGUCACGCCGAGGCACUUUCUGGACUUCAUUAACACUUAUCUGAAAUUGUCAAAGGAGAAAAAAGACUUUAUAGAUUCGCGCUGCGCCCGUCUAUCCGGAGGGUUGCAAAAAAUCGCACAGGCUUCGGUCAAUCUGAAGGAGAUGAAUGAGAUACUGGCCGUGCAGAAGAUCAAAGUGCUCGAUCAAACGAAAAAUUGCGAACAGCUGCUCGCUUCAAUCGGCAACAGCACGAACAUUGCGAUGGAAAAGAAGAAUCUGAGAGAAGAGAAAAGAACGGAGAUCGAGGAAAAGAAGAAAAUAAUUGCUACGGAGGAAGCGGAGGCCAGACAAGCAUUAGAAGAGGCUAAACCGGCUCUCGACGCGGCCAAACUCGCACUGGGCGAGCUCGAGAAAGCGGAUAUCACCGAGAUAAGAUCUUUUGUCACUCCGCCCGAGCCGGUGCAGAUCGUAUCAGAAUGCGUGGCAAUGCUUCGAGGCGUCAGAGACGUAUCUUGGAAAGGAGCGAAAGGACUGAUGAGCGAUCCGGGAUUUCUGAAAAGUUUGCAGGAAAUGAAUUGCGAUCAGAUCACGUUGAAACAGCAACAAGCGGUACGAGCGCAUUUGAAGAAGAGCGACAAAUUGGAUCAGAUGCAGGUCAUCAGCAAAGCGGGAUACGGCUUGUACAGAUUUGUGCUCGCUGUCUUGGAUUAUUGCGCAGUUUUCAGAGAGAUAAAACCGAAGAUGGACAGAGUCCAGACGCUCGAAGAAGAAUCCGUGAAAGCCCGACGUGCGUUGGAAAACGAAGAACGAGAAUUAAAGCGAUUGGAGAAAACGAUUAAGGAGCUGAAUGCAAAAUAUGACGUUGCAAUGACCGAGCGACAACAGCUUCAAGACGAGACGGACGUGUUGGGACGACGGCUUUUAGCUGCCGACAAGCUGAUUUCUGGAUUGUCGUCCGAGAACGAACGCUGGCAGAAGGAUUUAACGGCUCUGCAGGAUGACACGAAAAGGAUCACAGGAAAUUGCUUGCUCGGAGCGGCUUUUCUCGCUUAUAGCGGACCGUUUUCUCACGAGUUCAGAAAUGAAAUGUUCAACAAUUGGGAAACGAGCAUUUUGCAAAAACAAAUACCCAUGUCGAAACCGUACAAGCUCGAAAUGCAUUUGAGCGAUGACGUUGAAAUCAGCACAUGGAACUCAGAAGGUCUCCCACCGGACGAGCUUUCCGUGCGAAACGGUAUAUUGACCACGAAAGCGUCUAGAUUCGCGCUUUGCAUCGAUCCUCAGCAACAGGCGCUUAAUUGGAUCAAAAAACGGGAACAGAAGAAGAAUCUGAAGAUCAUCUCUUUCGCGGAUGCGGAUUUCUUGAAACAAGUGGAAUUAGCGAUCAAAUACGGUCUACCGGUGCUCAUUCGAGAUGUAGACGAGGUCGAUCCCAUCUUGGACAACGUAUUGUCGAAAAAUAUACAGUUUUCCGCGGGACGAACUUUCGUCAUUCUCGGCGACAAGGAAGUGGAAUACGACUCGAGGUUUCGUAUUUAUUUGACGACAAAAAUGUCCAAUCCGAAUCUGGACGCUGCCGUUUACGCGAAAGCGAUUGUUAUCAAUUACAUGGUCACCGCAGCGGGUUUGGAGAACCAGCUUCUGUCGGUGGUCGUGAGAACCGAGCGACCGGACGUCGAGGAGCAACGUGAAAAUCUAAUCGCGGAGACCAGCGAGAACAAGAAUCUAUUACAGAAACUGGAAAACAGUCUUCUGCGUGAGAUCGCAACGGAUCGGGGCAACAUGCUGGACAAUCUCGAUCUGAUCGAAACGCUGGAGAACAUCAAGGCCAGCACCAGCGAGGUGAUGUCGAAGCUGUUUCUCGCCGAGGUCACGUCGUUCGACGUAGACAGAUUGCGCGAGGGCUACCGUCCGGUGGCGGUGCGAGGUGCCAUUUUGUUCUCCGUGCUUGCGGACAUGGCAACCGUAAACCCCAUGUAUCAGUAUUCCCUGAUCAGUUACGUCGAAGUGUUCGUUCACUCGCUGAAGAGAUCGUUGUCGGACCCGGUGCUCGAGAAACGACUAAGAAACAUCAUCCCGACGCUGACGAAGAAUGUCUACAACUACGGGUGCACCGGAAUAUUCGAGCGACACAAGUUGCUCUUCUCUCUACAAAUUUGCAUGAAGAUAGAGCAGAGCGUGGGUAACGUGACGCAGGAACAAUUGGAGUUCUUCAUCAAAGGCAGCACGGCUUUGGAAAAGUCGGUCAAACCGAAUCCCGCCAAGUGGUUGCCUUCGUCAGGUUGGGAAGAUGUUCUCAAACUGGCGAGCGAUUUCCCGGACAAGUUCGAGCAACUUCCGGAAGAGCUACGUGAUCGCGAGAACGAAUGGAAGAAGUGGUACGACUCGGAUAUGCCGGAAUCGGAGCGACUUCCGUGCGAGUAUAGCGCUCGGAUCACGUCGUUCGACAAGCUGAUGCUGAUACGCUGUUUUCGAGCGGACCGCGUCUAUCGCGGCAUUAUCGAUUAUAUUACCGAGAUCAUGGGCGAGCAAUACAUCACACCGCCACAUUUGAACUUCGACAUGAUCUUCGAGGAAAGUACACCGACUAUGCCUGUCGUUUUCAUUCUGAGCCCGGGCUCGGAUCCCACGGCCGAACUGAUGAAGUUGGCCGAUCGAUACGGCUGGGGAGGCGGAAAAUUCAGAUGUCUCUCGCUCGGACAAGGUCAAGCUACGGUCGCGAUGGAAUUGCUGAGAACAGCAAUGGCGAGAGGACAAUGGCUGAUGCUGCAAAAUUGCCAUCUACUUCUGUCCUUUGCGAAAGAUUUGGAAAAAAUAAUGGAGAACGCAGAGAAACCCCAUCCCGAUUUUCGUCUUUGGCUCACCACGGAACCCACCCCUAAUUUUCCGAUCGGAAUACUUCAACUAUCUCUGAAGGUCGUCACGGAACCACCGAGCGGAUUGAAGCUAAACUUGCAAAACACGUACCUCAAGAUGCGACCGCAGGUCUUGGAAAGUUGCUCCCAUCCUCUUUACAAGCACUUGAUUUAUGUUCUAGCGUUUUAUCACGCAGUUAUUCAGGAAAGGAGAAAGUACGACAAGAUCGGAUGGAAUAUUAACUACGACUUCAACGAGUCCGAUUUUAAUGUGUGUACGAUGAUAUUAGAUACUUAUCUGACAAAAGCGAUGGCCACGUCGGGGUCUAAAAUGCCGUGGAGCAGUUUGAAGUAUCUAAUUGGCGAGGUGAUGUACGGCGGAAGAGUGAUAGAUUGUUACGAUCGUCGCGUCUCUUACACCUACAUGGACGAGUACUUCGGCGAGUUUUUAUUCGACGAGUUUCAACCGUUUCACUUUUACAAGGAUAUCGCUGUCGAUUAUGUGAUACCGCCGGAAGGAAGUCGCAACGACUAUUUAAAGUUCAUCGAGGAACUACCGUUAGUGAACACUCCGGAAGUGUUUGGCUUGCAUCCAAAUGCUGAGAUCGGAUACUUCACGAAAACCGUUAAGAAUAUAUGGAAGCACUUUGUGGAGCUUCAGCCACAAACCUCGAUAAGCGUGACUGGCGUCAGCAAGGAUGAAUACAUCGAUAAUGUAGCAAAGGAGAUCUUAGCCAGGAUACCAACGCCGUAUAAUAUUGACAAAGUCAAGAAAAAUUUCGGCGUGUCCGUAACGCCGACUGCGAUUGUUCUGUUUCAAGAAUUGGAGAGAUUCAACAAAUUAACAGAAACAAUGACGAGAACAUUGAAUCAGCUGAGAAAGGCCAUUGCUGGUGAAAUUGGAAUGGACGCGGUGCUGGAUAAUAUCUCCGUGGCACUUUAUAACGGCACUCUACCCAGGGAAUGGGCGAGAUUGGCGCCAGACACGCAAAAGAAUCUCGCUAGUUGGAUGGAUCAUUUUCAAAAGAGGAUAGAUCAGUACACUAACUGGUCUGGCGCGAAUGAACCCGUAGUGCUUUGGUUGGCUGGAUUGCACGUGCCGGAGACUUACUUGGCAGCUCUGGUGCAAAUAACUUGCCACAAAAACAACUGGCCCCUCGAUCGUUCCGUGAUUUACACGACGGUGUCGAAGUUCCUCAAACCUGAUGACGUAGAAGAAAGACCCGACCAAGGCUGUUACGUACACGGAUUGUACUUGGAAGGUGCCAGAUGGGACGUCGAAGAACAAUGUUUGAGGAGAUCGCAUCCGAAAGUUCUUGUAGAAGAGCUGCCAAUAUUAACUAUCAUACCGACUGAAGUUCACAGACUGAAGUUACAGAAUACAUUUAAAACUCCAGUAUAUACUACGUCGAAUCGGCGUAACGCCUUGGGCAUUGGUCUGGUGUUCGAAGCAGAUUUGGCAACGCCAGAACAUAUUUCACAUUGGAUACUUCAAGGUGUUUGUCUAGUGUUAAACACAGAUUGAAGCAAUUCUCGAAA